AUGAAACUUUUAAUCGGUUUAACCAUUUUGAUUGUAGUAGCUGUUGUUAACUGUCAUCCAGCUUUUGAAAUACAAAAUGAUGCAGAGACUUUGGAAGGUGUUGAUGUCAAUGCCGGAUUCGAUGCGAAUGUAAAUGCCGAUGCUGAAAUUACACGUAAAACUCGUAGUUUUAUUGGUAGACGACCUUGUUGUGGUGGAGGUUUUGGUGGUGGCGGUUUUGGCGGUUUUGGCGGUGGAGGUUAUGGCCGCCGUCGCCCAUAUUAUGGUGGUGGUGGUUUUGGCAGACCUUAUGGAGGUGGUGGUGGCGGCUUCUCCUCGGCUAGUGCCAGUGCUAGUGCUUCCUCAUCAUCAUUUGGAUUCGGCAAAUAG